AUGACUCAAAGCCCAUCUCCCUCCAGUCAGACGGACACUAUGGUGUCCAUUCGACUGGACGGCCUCAUCAGCAUCCUACAGGGCCUUUGUCUCGACGACAGGACAGCAAUAUCAGCUGCGUUGCAGGCUGACACCAGUCCAAAUGUUACUGAAGGGCCUGUUGCCAAUCUUACAGGUCCUUUGGGCAGUGAAGAUUCUAUAUCUGCUCCAGAUGAUUUCCCUGCCAUCAUUGCAGCUCAUUCCCCGACUUCUACUACCGUGGCUCCUGCUCCUGCCCCUGCCCCAGCCAUAGGACAUGUGCAUGAGCCCGUCAUCAUCCUCACACUUAAUGAUGGGGAAGACUCAUCUGACGAUGAGGAUGCUGCUAAUGCAGUUAUGUCCCUUGCUAAUAACUCCACCCUUCAGUAUCACAAUGGCACAUACUUCAAUGUGCCCAUUGAAGUCAAGGCCCCACUGUACUACAUAACGAGGGGUCAUUAUAUUGGGGUCUUCUCAGGAUGGGAUGCUACUGGCCCCAAGGUGCUUGGGGUUUCACGCGCCAUAUAUCACAAGGCAGAAUCUCUUGAGCUUGGUAUUGGGAUUAUGAAGUGCGCCAUAGAACGUGGUUUGGUUCAAACAAAUGUAUCUUUAUAUCAACAUUUCAUUGAGGCAGCGGGUCCCUCGACGCACCAUGUGUUAUGGUCCGACCAUCAUCGGCGCAUGUGCUUCAUUGAGAAAUUGAAGACUCAUUGUUUUGGUCCAAACAAAUAUAGAGUACAAGCUGCAAGAGACAAGUGUAGACGACACUAUCUAAAUGAAACCUUACAAGACUGCAUUGCUGUGGUCAAGUAUGCCAAGGACGACUUCAUGGCGCACAUCAAAUCUCCACGACGAUUCUUUGACCUUCUCAUGGACGAGUACUCCAAGACUAUGCCUGACCCUGAGUUAGAUCCUACCGGGCGCGGAGACAAAUCUAUCUUCGAACACACUAUUGAGAAUUUCGAAAAUUUUAUUGACAGAGCAAAUGGCGGACUGGAUGGUAUCCUUCAGAUGUGCGGUAUUUGUGAUGAGUGGUGUGCUGCAGAUGCCGUCUGCAAAUUCAUGAGGGAAAUGGUAGGGAUGGUGGAAGACAUCUUGUUGCGUCUGGCGGAAGGCGGAGAUAGUGAACUAGUGGUUGCCUUCAUGAUAUCAUGUACUGUCUCUGAGUCUAUUGGUCUGGUCAUGGCGCAAUGGGACAACCAUUUCUGGGAGUACUCAUCAUGCCUGUGGCUGAAGCAAUCAAGCAUCUCACACGAUGCGACAAAUCAUUGGCUCUCGGAGGAGCAGCAAACAUUUGUGCUCGCCUACCAUGAAAGCUUUCCCGAGUGCAAAAAAAAAGGGAACUACAACAAUUUCUGGCCCCCCUUUUUCGAGAAGUGGGAAGAAUGUUGGCCAAUCACUCUGGAAGACUCAUUAGAGCCCCUUGAUGAGAACGCAAGACUCAAGCAGAUAGCUAAGGCAAGGGAUGCCCUUCAGACAUGUUUGAUGGUCAAACUACGCAAUGACUUUGGUAAUUCGAAGAUAGGCCGCCAGGCAAACCCCACUGGGAAUACCAUCAUCAGCAAGCUGAUUGGCGAUAUCACCAUCAAGUCAGGCAAGAAGAAAUCGUGCCCCCUCAAUGCAACGGAGGUUUAUGCCAAGAAGUAUUACACAUCGCAUGUCCAGCCUGCAGUCAAGGAGGAACUCGAUGCCAUGAAGAACGCAGUUGAUGCACCAGAACCCAAAAAGCGGGCGAUUCAGGUUGUCCGCAAACAACUAGCAUCCUACUGGGAGAACGAAAGUGCGCAGGUGAAGGAAGAAGUCAUGAAAUUGGCCCAAGAGAUGAAGGAAAAGAGGGAGAAAGAGAAAGAAGCCAUUCCUGACAAGAAGGAGGUGCCGAAGGAGUUACUUACAGAAAUUCUGUCCACAUUUUUCACUGAGUUGCACGAUUCGACAGGAUGGACAUUCAGCAUCUUACUUGCUGGUCCUGACCCUGCGAAUGCCGGCAAACUCGAUGUCAAUAACCUGCAUAUUGGAACGACCCUUGCUGGCAAUCGGUUCAAUCAAGCAUAUCCGAAAUUCGAGGAGAGUAUCAUGGUGCCUUACUUUGAGUUUGCAUCUCGAGCAUUUCCUGAUACAUCACUCGCUACCAUCCCUUCCGCAUCCUCUUCCACACCUGAUACAUCACUUGCCACUGUCUCACUCGAUACAUCACUUGCUACUGUCUCACCUGAUACAUCGCUCACUACUGUUUCUUCCGCAUUUACUUCCACACUCGAUGUCUCACUCGAUACAUCACUUGCUACUGUCUCACCUGAUACAUCGCUCACUACUGUCUCUUCCACAUUCACUUCCACACUCGAUACAUCAUUCAUGGUGUCAGUACCAUCCUGGUUGCAAUCCGCUUACAACUUCUUCCAAUUUGCUCCCCCCGAUCUUCAAGAUGACGACGUUGAUCUAGACUUCAACAGUACAAUCCUACCGAUGCCGCCCAACUACAAGCCACCAUCUCCAUUACCUCCCUCUUCUCCAAUACAGUUUUCGCCCACUUCCUCUCGAAUGGAUUGGUUUGCUUCUUCAAGAUUAUCUCCUCUAACUUCCACCUCGAGAUUGGCAGACCUUAAUUCUGCUGGUCCCUUGGAACACGACUCUGACAACGCCCUCACAACUUUGCAGAGCCAAGCAUGUCCUCCUCGUCUUCGCCAUAUAUCAUCCGUUCUCACAAAGACUGCACAUGCCAAUUCUUACGCUUCUGCCCCAUACAACAAUCCCUUUGCUCCCAUGGCAACUCCUACUCUCACGCAUACUCCAACUUCAGUAGAAAUCCCUUCUGUGCAACCAUCUUCAGUUGUGCCUGAACCUCCCACCAUGGAACCUAUUAUGGCCACUCCUUCUCCACCCGCCACAGUUGGUGGGGUGUUACCAGCGACAACGAAGGCUGCUAAACGCAAGUCCACAAAGAGCAAUGAGACAGUCUCUGCAAAGCGUCAGAAGAGGCAGGGUGCAGUGGUCCUACCCACUGAGAACUCGCAGCCCAUCGAGGGAGGCCAAGGUAAACGACAAUGCUUCCAGUCAUCCCAGGCGGCUGCUGCCAAUGCAAUAGUGUACCAUAAUCAGCUUCCUCGUGUACUACAUUAUCUUAGGUCACAUGUUCUAAAAGGUUGGGCUGGGCCCAGCGUUACUAGCUCGGGGGUGGUACACAAGCAUGGUGGAGCCAUUGGGAGGGCGGGAUAG